UAUUGUUAUUGCUAUAGARGUAUUAAUAUUACAUUUAAUAAACGUUACAAAAUAGAUAUGAUAUGUAUUAUAACAAAAAUWAAAUAAUAUCCAUUUUAUGGGUGUAGUUCGACAUAGGGUAAAAAAAAAAUUUAUUUGAGAGUUAUUUUUUAAAUUUAUUUUUAUGAUAAAUUGUCUUUAUUUUAAAUAAUAAKCAAAUAUUUAUUUCAUUUAUUCAUCACUUUAUUGUUUAAACAAAAGUAAAAACUGUUUUAAUAAUUAAUUUGGUGUUUUAUAUUAAAUAUACAUUCAUAAUAAUAAUAAUAAUAAUAAACACUUAAAUUUGCCAAAAUUAAUGUGAAAUUUAUUUUGUGGGCUUACAUAAUAUCAUAUAACAACUAAUUAUGUAUUCAUCAAACUAUAUGAGCAAACAAUUGAUUAAACUCUGCUUUUUAUGUCUCUGGUUAUUGAUAAACGAUAUCUCGUGUCAACURAAUCCCGGCGGUGCUUAUGAUAUAGGACAGGGUCGGUGGGGUGAGAGACGAGGUGACUUGGGUCCGGCCGGUAUCGCUGGUAUAACAAUAGGAGCGGUGGCAGUGGCCGGUGCUCUGGCCGUCACUGUUUUCUUUUGCUAUUAUGUACACCAAAAGCAAAAACAGGCCGAAUCACAAGCUUAUGGAUCACAAACAGGAUAUCGCAAACCGGCCUAUCAGGACUACUAAUCACAUAUCAAAUUGCAUUUAAUAUUAAAAGUUUUUUCAUAUAACAGUAUUACAUUUAAUGAUACAUUUAUCGAUUAAUUUUUGUGGUUGACUGACAUUUACGGUACACACAUACAYACCAACAUUUUAUUUUAUUACCACAUGUUUUUUAUUUAAAAAAAAUUGUCCACUAAUUGUUUUUUACUUAUAAUAAUUUUUAAU